CUGCUGGCACGAGCCGAGAGGGGGCGCGCGGGGCGCGGGCGACGCCGCCGCGCGCGCGCCCACGCUGCCGCGGCCCAACCCUCGGGCGGCGUGGGGGGAGUGGCCGCCCUUCCUGGGGCGUCUCCUCCUCCCCGCAGCCUGGCUCCCGCACGCGCGCAGGGGGCCGCGCCGGCGAUGGGGCAGGCCUGCGCUCAGGGGCCAUUGGAGUCGGAGAGCGCGUUCUCGAAGGACGACGAGAGCGUCGCCAGCUCGGGCUCCUCCACCGCGUCGAGCGCAUCGGAUGGCCCUGGCACGUGCUGCGUUGCUGGCAGAGGGUCGCGGAGCCGGCCCGAGUCGGAUGGCAUCAAAGUGCAGCUGCCGCACACGAAGGGCAAGAGGAUCGAGCAGUUCAUCGACCUCCGCAGGGACGCGGGCCUCGGCCAGGGCGGCUGCGGCACCGUGUGCGAGGGCACGGACAAGGCCACGGGCGCCCGCUACGCCGUGAAGUGCGUCCCGAAGAGGCGGGGGCUGGACCUGGCGAUCCUGCAGCGGGAGAUACGCAUCAUGAAGCUGCUCGACCACCCGAACGUCGUGAAGCUGUUCGAGACGUACGAGGACAAGCUGUACUAUUACCUCGUCAUGGAGAGAUGCCAGGGCGGGGAACUCUUCGACAGGAUCGCCGCGGAGAAGCACUUUUCGGAGCCCGUGGCGGCGGGAGUGAUGCAGCAUGUGUUCCGGGGGGUGCUAUACAUCCAGGGCCAGCCCAUCGCCACCAGGGUCGGCACGCCCGCCUACGUGGCCCCGGAGAUGCUGCGGGCGCAGGGCAGCGGCCGCCCGCCCGGCUACGGGAGAGAGAGGGACAUCCUGGCGAAGGUCGCGAGGGCCGCGCUCACCUGGAAGGGCUUCGCGAAGGUGUCCGCGGACGCCAAGGACCUGAUCCAGGGCCUCCUCACGGUCGACAGGACGAAGCGCUACACCCUUGACCAGGCACUGAAGCACACGUGGGUCUCGAAUGCGGCGCCCAACGCCGCUCUCGUCGGACUGGCCGGAGUCGUCGACAACCUCAAGAAGUUCACCAGCGCCACCCGGAUGAAGAAGAUGGCGCUGCACCUGGUCGCGAGGCAGAUGGACGACAGGGACAUGGAGCACCUCCGAGACAUCUUCACCCAGUUCGACGCGAACAAGAAGGGCACCCUGACCAUCCUGGAGCUGCACGAGGGUUUGGCCAGGGCGGGCGUCACAGAUAACGGCAUGCUGCGCAAGUUGGCCAAGGCCCUCGAUUCCGACAACAGCGGGGCCAUCGACUACACGGAGUUCCUGGCCGCUGCCCUUGACGCCCGCGCCGCCUCGCAGGAAGCGGCCUGUCGCGCCGCCUUCCGCGUGUUCGAUAAGGACGACAGCGGCACGAUCUCCCUGGAGGAGCUCGCGGAGGCGCUGCAGUCCAGAGACGCGCGGCACCCCGUGAAGAUGAGGUCCGUCGAGGCCAUCAUGGCCGAGGUGGACACGAGCGGCGACGGGGAGAUCGACUUCGAGGAGUUCAUGGUGAUGAUGCGGGGGUGA